CAGCCGCCAUGGGCAAGACGGCAGGUGACGCGGGGACCCCGUCGCUUGCGAAGAAGGCGGCGGCCGCGGCGGCCUCACCAGCCGCUGCCUUUGGCGCGCCGGCCGCCGCUGCCUCUGGCGCGCCGCCCGCCGCUGCCUCUGGCGCGCCGCCGGCCCUGUGCAUCGCGCAGCUCCUCGAGACGGACCACGCGUCGAUGCAGCAGGGUCACGUCAAGGAGCGGGUGCGCCAAGUGAAGCACCACGUCGACCAUAGUUUGCUCAGCUUCCUGGGGCAGCGCAAGCGCGAGGUGUCCUUCGCGGUGCCCGCCAAUUCUUCUUUGAUUCCGCUGUUGGUCAUCGCUGAUGCUGCCUCUGGCGCAAACCACAGUUCGUUUCGCGAGGUCAUGGACUACGACAACCUGGUUGCGAGCUUCUCCCGCGCCAAGGAGUGCGAGGCAACGGGGGCGGCGUGGGUGUUGGGCCCGAUUCGCUCGGACGUCGACGACGUCGCCGUAAGCCAGCUCGAGGGUGCCAUGGGCAUGCGGUCGGAGGAGGCGUACUCCAUCUCUUCCAAGCACGCGCGUUCGCGGCGCCUCUCCUUCGACUUGCCUAUCCCCGCCUUGGCGGUCGACGUCGAGGUCGCCCAGCGGUUUCAGCCUAACAAGCCUGGAGUUUGCUUGGCAGAGGCUCUGGCCACGCUCGCGGGGCGCGCGGUGGUCAUCGCGUGGCGCGCUGCUAUGAGCGAGGCGCUCCAGCAGUCCAACGAAGACCGCGUGUGGCAUCUGUUCAAUGCCGCGUUGUCAGUGCCCAUCAGGAUGCGCUUGCUGCCUGAUGGCGACGCGACCCACUUGGCCGCUCUGGCAUUUUCAGAGGAGAUGUUCUCUGCGUACGCUGCCUCUGGCGCUGAGUCCUUCUGGGCUGGUUCUGACGCCAAGGCCAGGGAAUUGCUCGUUUUCACCAUGCACAGUUUCCGCGUGGCCCUCUUGACGGGCGACGCCCCGAAGGGCGAGAAACUGGUCGCGGGCCGGGAGCUCGUCGAGUACAUCUUCCACGAGGCGUUUCUCAUGAACAAGGCAGUGGGGAACGACGUGGCGGCAUUUAAGACGCCUCUCCGCAUCCUCCAGAAGGUCGCUGCCUCUGGCGCGGAUGGGCUCGCGGUUUCGCACCGCGCGUCCGGCUCAGGCGGCGGCGCCGACGGGGCGCGGGCAGUGUUUGCGCUCCCCGUGGCCGAGGAUCGGAACGCCGUGGAUGCCAAGACGAAGGCGAUGAUCGACGUCGCGCGGCCUCUGUGGUCGAGCGCCUUCGACGACGAAAUUGCCGAGCUUGCCCAGCAGGAGUUGGAGGACAGCACCACUGGGUUCGUCUGGCGCACGUGCCUCGCCGAGACCAGCCAGGGCGUUGGUGCCAAGUACCGCGCCUUCGCGGCCGCGCGCGCGGGCGGGCCGAUCCCCGCCGGCCCCGAUCUGGAUGCAAACCUCGGCUUGUUGGGGAUGUCCGAGCUCGGGGGCGAGCAAAAGGCAGAGCUCCAGAAGCUCCAGGAGCAGCUCAAGCAGUUCCGCAGGAAAACUGCGAAGUUCGUCAGUUUGCCGUCUGUCGGCGGUGCCUCUGGCGCGGAGUACGCAGUGGCGCAGAUGCAGGGCUUGUGGGAUACGCUCAGCCUCGGGCACCGUUUUGGGAGGGGGAAGAACGACGUUCGCGCGUUCAUCCUCUCAGCGGAAUUGUUCCCGCCCAACGUCGUCAAGCAAGGCGCCAAGGCGAGGGUGAACGAGCAGACGGCGCGUGACGAGGCGAUGCUCAAGCGCGCCAUCGAGUUCUUCUUGCAGAAGAGGCAGAAGGAUGAUGUCCUCAUCUUCCUCGACGGCAGGAGCCGCGCGAACCGCAGGGUAAUUGAGUCCUUCGAUGCGAAGUUGGAGUCCGGGGGCGCCCGCGCGCACGUCGAGCGCUGGUUCGCGCGCGAGCAACCGGCGAAGACGGGCCCGCCGCGGAAAGCGGCGCACCGUGCGGAGUUCAACGCGCGCGGCGAGUCCUCGACCGCAGACGCGUCAUCCAGCGGCAUCCCAAUGCGGCGUUUCUCCGAGCUCCCUCGCAUGGACCACGAGGCGAAGAUGAGCAUCUUGGGAGCUGCACCUUGCGCUAGCGUCGACGGGGGGCAACCGCGCCCGCAGGGGGACAUCGACUCGAAGGGCCACCCGUUCUCGCACACCGAGGUGAAGCCGCUCAGCUUGUGGCAGACUCUCGUGGAGCACAACGAGGUGGCCCGCGUCGUGGACUUCGCUCCAGCUCCUGGCGCUUUGGCUGUUGCUGCCUCUGGCGCAAUUGAGCACGAAGGCAGCGCUGCCAACGAUGCGCACCGGGACUGGCUCGAUUCCAUCGUGGACACGCGCGCGAUGCACAAGGCGGGCCACGAGGAGGGGUGCGCGGAGCAAUUGGGCGGCGACGCCGAGUUCGUCGAGAAAUCCAGCAAGUAUUUCAGCGGAACCACGAUGGAGGCGAAACGUCUGUUGAUGCCAGUGGCCGGGGACGGCGAGGGUGAGGAGGAGGGGGAGGAUGGCGCGAGCUCGGACGACGAGUAG